GAGUGCACAGUGAGACAGCAGCUUCCUCAAGUUCAAUCACUCUGCUGCCUGGACAUGCCCUGAGAACUUGGAAUUUCCUCUCAAUUCUGGAUGUUGCUUUCACAUUCUUUUGCUUUAUUAUAUGCAGUGGAGCUAUUUUUUGCUUGUAUAUAUUGUCUAACGAUUCUGGAUGCUGAGAGUGGAUUGUGGAUUGAAUGACAGUAUUGGGAUCACUUUUGUUCUUGUGGUUGUGCAGAAAAGAAAACGAAAUGGGGGAAAGUUCUUACUUUACAAGAGGUCGAGUUGCUAAAGCUGAUGGGGCUUCAUUAAAAUAGCUCGAAAUUAGGACGAAUACAAAAAUUACAGAUCCAGCUGGUCUGGAGAUUUUGCGUUCUUUGACCAUGAUGUGGAAAUACUUGACCGUUCUGCCAUUGUUGCUGUUUCAACAGCACUUUGGCAACUGUGACGAAAGCCACGCACUGCACUCCUAUGUAUCAAUGCAGUUUACUGCUCACCACUAUAAUGCCACUGUGUAUGAAAAUUCUGCUGCUAAGACCUAUGUUGGGCACCCAACAAAGAUGGGUAUUUAUCUUCGAAAUCCAUCAUGGGAUAUACGGUACAAAAUUGUCUCUGGCGACACUGAGAACAUCUUUAAGCCUGAAGAGUACAUUUUGGGAGACUUUUGCUUUCUAAGGAUACGAACCAAGGGAGGUAAUACAGCUAUUCUCAACAGAGAAGUUAAAGACCAUUAUCUCCUUUCUGUUAAAGCAAUUGAUAAGAAUUCAAAUGCUGAAGCCCGCACACAGGUUAGAGUUCAGGUACUAGAUACAAAUGACUUGAGGCCAUUGUUUUCACCAACUUCGUAUAGUGUUUCUUUGCCAGAAAACACAGCAAUAAGGAGCAGCAUUGCAAAAGUGACUGCAACAGAUGCUGAUAUAGGAACAAAUGGAGAGUUUUAUUACAGCUUUAAAGAGAGAACAGAUAUGUUUGCUAUUCAUCCAACUAGUGGUGCUAUAAUUUUAACAGGAAGACUUGACUAUUCUGAGACAAAACAGUAUGAGAUGGAAAUACUUUCAGUGGACCGUGGAAUGAAAUUAUAUGGAAGCAGUGGCAUUAGUAGCAUGGCAAAGCUUAAUAUAUAUGUAGAACAAGCAAAUGAAUAUGCCCCAACUAUUUCUGCUAUAACUUUAACCCCCUCUGAAGUUGAGGGAGAUUUCACAUAUGCAAUAGUAACAGUAGAUGACCAAGACCAAGGAUCCAAUGGUGAAAUAGCCUCACUUAGCAUCAUUGCCGGCGACCCAUUACAGCUUUUUAGAACAUUUAGGACUGCCCCGGGCAGUAAGGAAUAUAAAAUUGUAUCUGUUGGAGAGAUUGACUGGGAAAGCCAACCCUUUGGUUACAAUGUAACUCUUCAAGCUAAAGACAAAGGAUCUCCCCCACAGUUUUCCAUUCCAAAAGUUAUUCAUUUGACAUCCUCACAUUUUAAACAUGGUCCAGUUAAAUUUGAAAAAGAUAUCUACAGAACAGAGAUAAGUGAAUUUGCUCCUCCUAAUACCCCUGUAGUUAUGGUCAAAGCUAUACCAAGUCAUCCACAUUUAAAAUAUACUUUCAAAAACACAGCAGAUAAAACUAGAUUCAGUUUAAAUCCUAACACUGGUUUAAUUUCCACUUUAUUACCUGUCAAGGCUAAGCAUUCAUCCCAUAUCGAACUAGAUGUCAUAACAAAUGACAAGAAGGCAAUUGCAAAAGUUAUGAUCAAAGUAGUUGGAACUAACAGCAAUGCCCCUGAAUUUACUCAGACAUCUUCUUACAGAGCAGCUGUUGAUGAGAAUGCCCCUGUUGGCACCAGUGUUCUAACUGUGCGUGCAGUUGAUGACGAUGAAGGGGAGAAUGGAUAUGUAACAUACAGCAUCUCUAAUCUCAAUCCUGUACCCUUUGAAAUUGAUGCUUUCACUGGAGUUAUAAGUACUUCAGAAGAACUAGACUAUGAGUUAAUGCCCAGGAUUUAUACCUUAAAAGUCAGAGCAUCUGAUUGGGGAUUGCCCUAUCGAAGAGAAGUUGAAGUUCCUGUCACAAUAACAUUAAAUAAUCUAAAUGACAAUACUCCACUUUUUGAAAAGAUAAAUUGUGAAGGAUCAGUGCCAAAGGAUCUUGGAGUUGGGGAACAAUUAACAACUGUUUCUGCUAUUGAUGCUGAUGAACUUCAGUUAGUGAAAUAUAUAAUUGAAACUGGAAAUGACUUUGAUUUGUUUACAUUAAAUCCCAAUUCAGGAGUGCUUUCUGUAAAACAGCCUCUUUCUGAGGGCCCAGGGAGUAAAAUAUCUUUUCACAGUUUGAAGAUUAGUGCUACAGAUGGAGAGAACUUUGCCAAACCAAUUUAUAUCAACAUUACUGUGACUUUGAGUCGGAAGAAUAUUCACUUGAAUUGUGAGGAAACUGGAGUGGCCAAAAUGCUUGCUGAGAAACUUCUUCAGGCGAAUAAGUUGUUUAAUCGUGGAACAGUAGAGGAAAUCCAUUUUGACUCGCAUAUGGCAAAUUCUCAUGUGCCUCAAUUCAAAAGUACGCUUCCAAGCAGAAUUGUUGUUAAGGAAAAUGCUCCUGUAGAAUCUAACAUUAUUCAAAUGGAAGCUAGUGAUCUUGACACUGGUUUCAGUGGAAAACUUGUAUAUGCAAUAUCUGGAGGAAAUGAUGAUAGCUGUUUCAGUGUGGAUAUGGAAACUGGUUGGUUAAAUAUUUUCUCUCCACUUGAUCGAGAACUUAAAGAUCAGUACACUUUGAAUAUUACUGUAUAUGACCUUGGAAUACCACAGAAAUCUGCAUGGCAACUCUUAGAUGUUGGGGUUGUUGACGCAAAUGACAACCCUCCAGAAUUUUUGCAAGAGAGCUAUUUUAUUGGAGUGCAAGAAAAUGAAGUGGAUGAGGCAAUAAUUCAAAUAGAAGCUGUGGAUAAAGAUUUAGGUGUUAAUGGCAACAUUAAAUAUUCUAUGCUUACUGACACAGAUAUCUUUACGAUAGACAGCGACACUGGAGUGGUUAAAGCCGUAGCUUCGUUAGACAGAGAAAAGCAAAAUAUGCACUUGCUUAAAGUAGAAGCCAGAGAUCAAGCAGAAACGGAACCUCAGCUCUUUUCAACUGUCCUGUUAAAAGUAUUGGUUGAAGAUGUAAAUGAUAACCCACCUUUAUUCAUUCCAGCAAAUUAUCAUGUUAAAAUACGAGAAGAUCUUCCAGUUGGCACUGUGAUUACUUGGCUAGAAGCCUAUGACCCUGAUUUUGGACUUUCUAGCCAAGUUCGAUACAGUCUGUUGGAAAAUGGUGAUGGGAAAUUUGAAGUAGAUAAAGUAAGUGGGGCGGUACGCAUUAUUCAAGAGUUAGAUUUUGAAGAAAAACAGGUCUAUAACUUGACGGCACGGGCAAAAGAUAGGGGCAAACCUGUUUCUUUGUCUUCUACUUGUUACAUUGAAAUUGAAAUAGUAGAUGUGAAUGAGAACUUGCAUACACCAAUUUUUUCACAUUUUGUAAGCAAAGCUUUGGUAAGGGAAGAUGUCCCUAUUGGAACAUCAGUGAUGACUGUUUCUGCUAAUGAUGAUGAUACAGGACGAGAUGGGGAAAUCCGUUAUUCAAUAAGGGAUGGAUCUGGAGUUGGAGUCUUCACAAUACAUGAAGAGAAAGGUACUAUACGGACUGCUGAUAUUCUUGACCGUGAAACAACAUCUCACUACUGGUUAACUGUUUAUGCCACCGACCGAGGAGUUGUUCCACUUUCAUCUUUCAUUGAAAUCUACAUUGAAAUAGAGGAUGUCAAUGAUAAUGCACCUCAGACAUCAGAGCCUGUGUACCACCCUGAAGUUAUGGAAAACUCCCCAAAGGAUGUAUCUGUUGUGCAAAUUAAUGCAUUUGAUCCAGACUCGAGCUCCAGUGACAAGCUGACUUAUAAGAUUGCAAGUGGAAAUCCUCAAGGAUUCUUUGCAAUAAAUCCCAAGACAGGCUUAAUAACAACAACCUCAAGAAAACUUGAUCGAGAACAGCAAGCGGAACAUAUACUUGAGGUUAUUAUUACUGACAACGGUUAUACUCCAAAAUCAACAAUUAGUAGAGUAAUUGUUAAAGUUUUGGAUGAAAAUGAUAAUAAACCACAGUUUCUACAAAAAUUCUACAAGAUCAGGCUACCAGAGCUUGAAAAACCAGAAAAAGAGAAAAAUGCCAAAAGGGAUCCCAUUUACAGGGUAAUUGCUGUAGAUAAGGAUGAUGGCCCCAAUGCAGAAAUAUCAUACAGUAUAGUAGAAGGCGAUGAGCAUAAGAAAUUCUUCAUUGAGCCUAAGACUGGGGUUGUUUCAUCCAAGAAAUUUGCUGCAGCAGGAGAAUAUGAUAUUCUUACGAUUUCAGCUGUUGAUAACGGAAGACCUCAGAAGUCAUCAAAUACUCGACUGCAUAUAGAAUGGAUUGCAAAACCAACACCAUUAGCAGAACCAAUUUUCUUUGAAGAACCAGUUUUCACCUUUAGUGUGAUGGAAAGUGAUCCAGUUUCUCAUAUGAUUGGUGUGAUAAGUGCAGAACCUGUAGGCUCACCUCUGUGGUUUGAUAUAACUGGAGGAAACUACGACAGCAGGUUUGAUGUGGACAAGGGCACAGGAACCAUCAUUGUCGCUAGACCUCUUGAUGCAGAACAGAAAUCUAAUUACAAUUUGACAGUGGAGGCAACAGAUGGGACAAGAUCUAUCAGUACACAGGUUCUUAUUAAAGUCAUAGAUACAAAUGAUCACAGACCAGAAUUCUCUACCUCAAAGUAUGAAGUUCUUAUUCCUGAAGAUGUUCAGCCAGAGACUGAAAUUCUGCAAGUCAUGGCCACAGACAAAGAUGAAAAGAACAAGAUGAUUUACACUUUACAAAGCAGCACUGACCCCGUUAGUCUUAAGAAGUUUCGAAUUGACCCAGCCACAGGUUCCUUAUACAUUGUUGAAAAAUUAGAUCAUGAAAUACUGCAGCAGCAUAUUCUUACAGUAAUGGUACGGGAUCAAGAUGUUCCAGUCAAGCGCAAUUUUGCCAGAAUUGUUAUUAAUGUUACUGACACAAAUGACCAUGCCCCUUGGUUCACAAGCUCAUUUUAUGAAGGCCGAGUUUAUGAAUCAGCUGCUGUUGGCUCGGCUGUGCUUCAACUCACUGCAUUAGAUAAGGACAAAGGAAAAAAUGCUGAAGUUGUUUAUUCUAUUGAGUCAGGGAACACAGCAAAUGCUUUUACAAUUGAUCCAGUUUUGGGAAUCAUAAAGACUGCAAAAGAACUUGACCGAAAUAAUCAUGGUCAAUAUGAAUUAGUAGUGAAAGCUUCAGAUCGUGGAAUUCCUCCAAUGAGUCAGAUCACAUCUGUGCAUAUCCAUGUUACAAUUUCUGACAAUGCAGCACCCAGAUUUUCAACUAAACAGUAUACUACAGAAAUUAGUGAAACUGCCCGUAUAGGUAGUUUUGUUGCAAUAGUUUCAGCGUUUAGUCAAUCCUCUGUAGUAUAUGAAAUAAAAGAUGGGAAUUUCGGGAAUGCCUUUGAUGUUAAUCCGAACUCUGGUGCCAUAAUAACAGAGAAACAGCUUGAUUUUGAAACACUACCCUCAUAUAUGCUUAUUGUGCAAGCAACAAAUAUGGCUGGAUAUUCCACAAAUACAACUGUCAUAGUUCAUAUUAGAGAUGAAAAUGAUAACUUUCCUGUUUUUGUGCAAUCAGGUUACAAAGGUCUCAUAAGUGAAUCUGCAUCACCUAACAGUGUUGUUUUGACUGAUGAAAAUAUACCAUUAGUAAUUAGGGCUACUGAUGGUGAUCAGGAAUCAAAUGCUUUUCUUGUUUAUCAAAUUGUUGAACCAUCUAUCCACAAAUAUUUUGCAAUUGAUUCUAGCACUGGUGCCAUACGUACAUUAGUAAGUUUAGAUUAUGAACAAACAAACAUAUUCCACUUUACUGUACAAGCACAUGAUAUGGGAUAUCCACGGUUAUUUGCUGAACAUGCUGCAAAUGUUACAAUAUAUGUUAUUGAUAUCAAUGACUGUCCUCCGGUAUUUCCAAAAAAUGUUUAUGAAGCCUCUGUUUUAAUACCAACAUAUAAAGGAGUCAGAAUUAUCACAGUGAAUGCUUCAGAUGAUGAUUCUGGAUCUUUUUCAGAACUUAUGUAUUCUAUUACAGAUGGCAAUAUUGGAGAAAAAUUAUUAAUAGAUCCCCUAACAGGAACAAUUACUGUGCAGAAUACAACACAUUUAAGAAGCAGAUAUGAACUAACCAUAAGGGCUUCCGAUGGAAGAUUUUCUAGCCAUACAUCUGUUAAAAUUAAUGUGAAAGAAAGCAAAGAAAGUUCUUUGAGAUUUACACAGCAUUCAUACUCUGCUGUUGUACAAGAAAACACAACCCAAGUUAAGAUGCUGACCAUCAUAACUCCUGUUGGCAACCUUAUCAAUGAACCAUUGUUUUUUCAAAUUCUUAACCCAGAUACUAGAUUUAAAAUGGGUCAUACCUCCGGGGUCCUCUCCACCACUGGGAUUCCAUUUGAUCGGGAACAGGAAGAAUUGUUUGAAUUGGUGGUAGAAGUUACUGAUCAACAAAAGCCACCAAGAGUUGCACACAUUUUGGUGAAAGUAACAGUAGAGGAUAUAAAUGAUAAUGUUCCUGUUUUUGUGAAUCUUCCAUACUAUGCAAUGGUUCAAAUAGAUGCUGAAUUGAGUCAUGUUAUUAGACAUGUCACUGCUGUGGAUAAAGAUAUUGGUAAAAAUGGAGAGAUACACUAUUACCUUAAAGAGCACUCUGAAUACUUUCAAAUAGGACCAUUUGGUGAGAUCUCAUUAAAAAAGCAGUUUGAUAUAGAUACGCUUAACAAAGAAUAUUUUAUAACUGUAGUGGCAAAAGAUGGAGGAAACCCAUCAUAUUCUGCUGAAGCUAUUGUACCAAUUACAGUAAUGAAUAAAGCCAUGCCAGUAUUUGAAAAACCUUUCUACAGUGCAGAAAUAGCUGAAAAUGCCCAGCUCCAUAGCCCAGUUGUACAUGUGCAAGCCAACAGCCCAGAAGGACUUAGAGUAAUUUACAGUAUUAUCGAUGGUGAUCCAUUUAAUCAAUUUAAUAUAAAUUUUAACACUGGUGUAAUUAAUGUUUUUGCACCUCUUGAUUUUGAAUCUCAUCCAGCUUACAAACUAAGAGUACGAGCUACAGACUCUCUUACUGGGGCCCAUGCCGAAGUUUUUGUUGACAUAAUUUUGGAAGAUAUAAAUGAUAAUCCACCUGUUUUUAGAAAGAAAGUAUAUGUUGCCACCUUGUCAGAAGCAUCAGCAAUUGGAACAUCUGUGUUGCAAGUAAAUGCUAUAGAUGCAGAUUCUGGAUUGAAUAAUGCCAUUUCUUAUCAAUUGGUUGGAGAUAAUGAUAAUAUUUCACAGUAUUUUCAUAUAGACAGUAGUAGUGGGCUCAUAGUUACUGCAAAAACCUUGGACUAUGAACACUUACAGUUGUACAAUAUAUUGGUACGAGCUGUAGACAAUGGCUUACCUUCCUUAAGCACUGACAUUGUUGUUAGUGUCCAUGUAACUGAUCUUAAUGAUAACCCACCAACAUUUACCCAGCAGAUAUAUGAAGCCAAAAUUAGUGAGCUCUCUAAACCAGGGCACUUUGUAACUUGUAUAAAAGCCACAGAUGCAGAUAGUUCAGACGCUGAAAAGUUAGACUAUUCUAUACUUGCUGGGAAUUAUGGUUUGAAUUUUAUUAUGAACAGUAAAACUGGUAUCAUUACUGUAUCACAUCUGCAUAAGAAUGUUUUCCAUCCAUUCUACAUUCUCAAUGUGUCAGUUACUGAUGGUGUUUUCAGAAAUUCUGCUCAGGUUCACAUUGCUGUAUUAAGUGCCAACUUACAUAGCCCUGUAUUUAAACAAAAUGAAUAUGAAGUUGAACUGUCGGAAAACUCUCCUGUGCAAACCCUUGUGACUGAAGUGAAAGCAAUAGAUGACGAUAAAGGACCCUAUGGACAACUCACUUACCAUAUCCUGAAUGAGUUUGCCAGGGAUAACUUUUAUAUUAACGAAAGAGGACAAUUAUUUACUGGAGAAAGGCUUGAUCGUGAAAAUCCAUCUAAUAAGUUAAUACCUAUAAGUUUAAUGGCAAAGGAUUCUGGUGGAAAAGUUGGCUUCUGUAUUGUUAAUGUGAUACUUACAGAUUAUAAUGAUAACUCACCACAAUUUCGUGCAACAGAAUAUAAAGUAAGUAUUUCAUCUGAUACUCCCAGAGGAUCUUCUAUUGUCAGAGUUAUGGCAUCUGAUUUUGAUGAAGGAGUAAAUGCUGAUAUAACCUAUACAAUUGAUGCAAAAUCUGAAAGUGUUGAAGAAAAUUUUGAAAUCAGUGAAUAUUCUGGCAUCAUUACCACAAAAGAAAGCCUAAUUGGUUUAGAAGACCAAUCCUAUUCCUUUUUUGUGAAAGCUCAAGAUGGAGGAUCGCCCCAAAAAGAGUCCAUAGUGCCAGUCUUUAUUAGAAUCCUCUCACCUGAAGUGCCUCUUCCAAAGUUUUCUGAACCUUAUUAUACUCUUAGUAUUUCUGAAGAGACAGCGAUAGGUACAGAGCUGGAUGUCCUCAAAGCAGAAAGUAACCAGCCUGUAAUAUAUUCUCUCAUGAAAGGAAAUACACCUGAGAGUAAUGUUGAAGAAACAUUUGCUAUUGACAAACAAAAUGGACGAUUGAAACUUGAAAAAGCAUUGGACCAUGAAACGACUAAAUGGUACCAAUUUUCUGUGCUGGCUCAAAAUAUCCAAGGGGAGCAUGAGGUAAUUUCCUCUGUAGAUGUCAGUGUUCAAGUAAAAGAUGUUAAUGACAAUAAACCAGUUUUUGAGGCAAAUCCAUAUGAAGCAUUCAUUGUUGAAAAUCUUCCUGGUGGAACUAAAGUCAUCAAGGUGAAAGCAGUUGAUCUAGAUUCUGGACUGAAUGGUCAUGUUUCAUAUACAUUGGCAUUCUCACAGAGAUCACCAGAAAUUAAAGAUCUUUUCUCAGUAGACAUGGAAACUGGAUGGGUCACAACUCUUAAGGAACUUGACCAUGAGAAAAAGAACAAGUAUAGCCUUGCAGUUAUUGCCUACGAUCAUGGUGAUCAAGUUCUGUCAUCCUCCGCUAUAAUUGAAGUUACAGUUAUGGAUGUUAAUGACAAUCCUCCACGGUUCACUGCAGAGAUAUACAAAGGCACAGUGAGUGAAGAUGAUCCCCCCGGAGGAGUUAUUGCCAUUUUAAGUACAACUGAUGAUGAUACAGAGGAAGUCAACAAAGAAGUUACCUACUAUAUUACAGGAGGUGACCCAUUUGGGCAAUUUGCCAUUGAAAACGUACAAAAUGAGUGGAAAGUGUAUGUUCAAAAACCUCUUGAUCGAGAAGUGAAGGACCAUUAUCUUUUAAACAUUACUGCUACAGAUGGGACCUUUGCAACAAAGGCAGUUGUGGAAGUGAAGGUACUUGACGCCAAUGACAAUAGUCCGAUGUGUGAAAAGAAUUCCUAUGUUGAAACAAUAUCAGAAGAUGCUCUUUCUGACAAAGUAAUACUGCAGGUUUCUGCUAGUGACGCGGACAUUCGAUCUAAUGCAGAAAUAAUUUACACUCUGCAUGGUCAGGGCUCUGACAAAUUUCACAUCAAUCCAUUUACAGGUGAACUGAAAACUUUAUCUCCCCUUGACCGUGAAACACAGGAAGUUUAUCAUCUCUUUGUAAAAGCCACAGAUGGAGGAGGAAUGUACUGCCAAGCUGAUAUAGAAAUUACAUUAGAAGAUGUGAAUGACAAUGCUCCAGAAUUUUCAGCAGAUCCUUACACAGUUACAGUCUUUGAAAACACUGAACCUAAAACACCACUAACAAGAGUGCAGGCUAUUGAUGCUGAUGCAGGACUUAAUCAUAAGGUGCAAUAUUCAUUAGUCAACUCGGCAGAAGGUCAAUUCUCAAUUGAUGAGUUGUCUGGAAUAAUUAGUUUGGAGAAGCCUUUGGAUCGGGAGUUACAAGCAGUUUAUACCCUGACUGUUAAAGCGACAGAUCAAGGUUUACCUCGCAAGCUUUCUUCUGUUUCAACCCUUGUGGUGUCAGUCUUGGAUAUAAAUGAUAACCCACCAGUAUUUGAACAUCGAGAAUAUGGUUCGUCUCUAUCAGAAGAUGUGGCUGUUGGAACUGAAGUACUUCAGGUUUACGCUACAAGUCGAGAUAUUGAAGCCAACGCAGAAAUUACAUAUAAAAUAAUAAGUGGAAAUGAGCACGGAAAAUUUAGCAUAAAUCCACUUACAGGAGUUCUAUUUAUUAUUGAAAGUUUGGACUAUGAAAUGUCUCCUGAGUAUUAUUUGACAGUAGAGGGCACAGAUGGAGGGACUCCGCCUCUUAGUGAUGUUGCAACCGUGAAUAUAAAUGUAACAGAUGUCAAUGAUAAUUCGCCCAUUUUCAGCCAAAGCACUUACACUGCUGUUAUUGGUGAAGAUGCUCUGUCUGGACAGCCUGUUGUGACGGUUGUGGCAGAUGAUGCUGAUGGACCUUUGAACAGCCACAUACGCUACUCAAUUACAAAUGGCAAUCAAGGGAAUACAUUUAUCAUUGAUCCAGUGAGAGGAGAAGUUAAAGUGAAUAAACUUUUAGAUAGAGAGAAGGUUUCUGGAUACACUUUAACUAUUCAAGCUGAAGACAAUGGCACUCCUACCAGAUAUAACACAACCAAUGUUAACAUUGAUGUGUCUGAUAUCAAUGACAAUCCACCACUGUUUUCCAAUGGGAAUUAUAGCAUUAUUAUUCAGGAAAACAAGCCAAUUGGAUUUAACGUUUUACAUUUAGUGGUAACAGACAAAGAUUCAUCACAUAAUGGACCACCUUUUACUUUCUCUAUUUUGAGUGGAAAUUAUUUAAAUACUUUUCAGAUUAAUCAGCAAGGCUUUCUAACCACUUCUUCUACCUUAAACCGAAAGAUCAACGAUCACUAUGUGCUGCAUAUACAGGUCUCUGAUAAUGGCAAACCACAGUUAUCAUCCUUGACCUUUGUUGACAUACGAAUUAUUGAAGAGAGCAUCUACCCUCCAGCAAUUUUACCUCUGGAAAUAAACAUAGCUACAUUUGGGGAGGAAUAUUCUGGUGGAGUCAUUGGAAAGAUUCAUGCAACAGAUCAGGAUGUUUAUGAUACACUUACAUACAGCCUUGAUUCCAAAGCAGAAAAUUCCUUCUCCGUCUCAAGCACAGGCGGCAAACUGAUAGCUCACAAACAAUUGGAUGUUGGCCAGUAUCUGUUAAAUGUCAGUGUCACUGAUGGGAAGUUUAUCACAGCAGCUGAUAUAACUGUGCAUAUCAGGCAGAUAACACAAGAGUUGUUAAACCACAGCGUGACUUUCCGUUUUGCAAAUCUCUCUCCAGAGGAAUUCAUUGGUGAUUAUUGGCGCAACUUUCAAAGAACCUUGAAAAAUAUCUUGGGUGGACGUAAAAUUGAUAUCCAUAUUGUGAGCUUACAGCCUUCUGACCCACCAACAAACCUAGAAGUUCUUCUAGCUGUUGAAAAACCAGGCAGUGUGCUUUUUGCACCUAAACUGUUGGUACAAAAAAUAAAUUCCUCUGUUGCUGAUAUUGAAGAUUUCAGUGGUGUUAAAAUCCUUGACGUUUUCCAUAAGCUCUGUGCUGAUGUGGAAUGUCCCAAAAGAUUUUGUGAUGAGAAAAUAUCCAUAGAUGAGAAUGCGAUGUCUACGCACAGCACAGCAAGACUGAGUAUAGUUACCCCUAGGCACCACAGGAAAUCUAUAUGCUUGUGUAAAGGAGGAAAAUGUCCGAUCCUGAGCAGUCUUUGUGAUGUAAACCCAUGUCCUGAGGGUACUGAAUGCAUUGUAGAUGUGAAAGGUCAUUACAGCUGUGUUUGCCCAGAGGAGCGGCAUGGGCAAUGCCAUAUUGCAUCAUCUGUUACAUUUAAUGGGAACAGCUAUAUAAAGUACAGGAUGCAGGAAAACGAAAACAAGGAAGAAAUGAAGCUUUCACUGAAACUUAGAACAUAUUCUGCCCAUGCUGUUGUUAUGUAUGCAAGGGGAACAGACUACAGCAUCCUUGAGAUCCACGGUGGGAAACUCCAAUAUAAAUUUGAUUGUGGUAGUGGGCCAGAAACUGUAUCUGUUAAUAGUAUUCAUGUAAAUGAUGGCCAAUGGCACACUGUGUCUCUAGAAGUGGAUGGUAACUAUGCAAGGCUGGUGUUGGAUCGUUUCCAUACUGCAUCUGGUACUGCACCUGGUACUCUUCGAACACUUAACCUUGACAACUAUGUGUUUUUUGGUGGACAUAUGCGUCAACAAGCAGCAAAACAUGGAAGGAGUACACAUGUUAGUAAUGGAUUCCGAGGAUGCAUGGAUUCAGUUAUACUGAAUGGGCAAGAAUUACCUCUGAAUGGCAAAUCAAAGAAUUAUGUUCAUGUCGAAGAGUCAGUGGAUCUAACCCCAGGAUGCUUUCUAUCUGCUGAAACUUGUUCAAGCAACCCAUGCCAGAACGGUGGCAUCUGCUCAUCGUUAGCUAGUGGAGGAUACUACUGUAAAUGUACUUCAUUAUUCACGGGUACACAUUGUGAGACAAGCAUGAAUCCGUGCGCAACCAACCCUUGUCUUUAUGGCGGGACGUGUGUGGUGGAGAAGGAGGAUUUUAAAUGCCAUUGUCGAGGAGAAUACACUGGUCAGAGGUGCCAGCUAGGUCCAUAUUGCAAAGAUAACCCCUGCAAGAACAGCGGCAAAUGUAUUGACAGCUUAGAUGGUCCUGUGUGUGAAUGUGACGCUGGUUUCCGUGGAGAGAGGUGUCUUAUUGAUGUUGAUGAAUGCAUUGAGAACCCCUGUCCUAGUGGUGCUCUUUGUGAAAAUACCCACGGUUCAUAUAUUUGCAACUGUACUAAUGGAUAUAGUGGAAAACACUGCGCAGAUAUUAUGCUCAACAAAUAUGUCUCAAGCUCCUGGGAUAUUGGUUUGGCUGAAGUCAUUGGGAUCAUAGUAUUUUUAGCAGGAAUUCUCUUUUUAGUUGUGAGUUUUGUGGUGUGCCGCAUUGUGGUGAACAAGAAGAAGAAAAGGCGGCAGGAGGACCUAAAGGAUAAACACUCAGGACCAACAUCAACUGCAUUUUUACAAAGACCAUUUUUUGAUCCCAAAGUUAACAAAAACAUUUAUCCAGAUAUCCCACCUCAGGUGCCUGUGCGGCCCAUUUCCUACACUCCAAGCAUUCCAAGUGACUCCAGAAAUAAUUUAGAUAGAAAUUCUUUUGAAGGAUCUACUAUUCCAGAACAUCCAGAAUUUAGUACUUUCAACCCAGACUCCAUUCAUGGGCACAGAAAGGCUGUAGCAGUUUGCAGUGUAGCUCCAAACCUGCCUCCUCCACCUCCAUCCAACUCUCCAUCAGACUGUGACUCAAUACAAAAACCCAGUUGGGAUUAUGAUUAUGAUGCUAAAGUUGAUCUUGACCCAUGUCUCUCAAAGAAGUCUCUGGAUGAAAAGCACUGUCAACUAUAUAAUCCUCGUGAAAGUGUGUCUGAGAUACAGUCUCUCAGUUCCUUCCAAUCAGAAUCAUGUGAUGAUAAUGCUUCCAUUGUGACAGUAAUACACCUUGUCAAUGCUGUUGUUGACACGGUGGAAAAAGAAGAGUCUUUUGCAGUUCCUGAAGUCAGGAAUUCAAGAGGUUAUCACUGGGAUACUUCAGAUUGGAUGCCUAGUGUCCAAUUACCAGAUAUUCAGGAAUUUCCUCAUUAUGAAGUUGUUAAAGAACCAACUCCUCACUACACAGAUCCUAAUGUUAUUGACACAGAUUACUACACUGGAGGCUACGAUAUAGAAAGUGACUUCCCACCUCCACCAGAUGACUUUCCUCCACCAGAUGAUCUUCCACCUCUUCCACCAGAGUAUUCUGAGCCAUUUGAUUCAAUGCAACCAUCACGUGAAAUGCCUGCUGUUGGUAGCUUGGGUUCUUCAACAAAAAGUAGUCAGAGAUACAACCUAAAUAAGUACCUUCCACAUCACCAAUACCCAACCAAUAUAUCAGAGCCUCGAAGUACUAGUGGAGAUGGCAAUAGUUACAGAGAGCCUUAUGCUGCUUCCUACUCAUUAGGGUAUAAUAGAGACUUUGACGUUCCCAUGAUGGACAACAUGUCUUUGUCUGGAUACACUUCUGCAGCUUCAUGCACAGAUGUGUCUGCAUGUUGUGAAAUGGAGUCAGAGGUCAUGAUGAGUGACUAUGAAAGUGGAGAUGACAGUCACUUUGAAGAUGUGACAAUUCCAUCUCUAGAUCCCCAGCAUCACACCCAAGUCUGACACCAUAAAAGUGCCUGGACAUUGUCAACUUCAACAUUUAAGUAUGAAAUUAUAUCUUUAAAGCAUAUAUUUUUGUUUUUAAUGUAAAUUUACUUUUAUGGUCUCUGGAUUCAGUGAGCUAUGUCUGGAGUGGCUGCACUGAAUCAUACAGAAUAUUCCAAUGUAUUACUCUACUUCAUUCCCAGAAAUACAAUAAGGCAGACAAAGUAUUUGUAUGGACCUUUAUUCAUUUAGUUUAUGUUGAUUUUCUUCUUUUUUUUCCCUUUUAAGUAAAUUUCUUAUGCAAAACGCCACUACGUCUCAGUAGCAUAAGAUGCAUAUUUAUAAAGUUUGAAGUAUAAUUUUAACUCUUUCCACUUGUAAAUGUAAUGUACAGUUUUGAUUUAACAACAUUAUUAACUAGAUUUUGUAGAUAUUUUGUGGAUUUUCUUUCCUUUUGAACAUAAGCUUUUUCAAAUUCUGCCAAUAUUAUGUGUAACCAUUCUAUUCCAGGACGUUUUCUCUUCUAUUCUAUGGAAGUAUUGAGUUAAGAAUAUAAACAAUUGCCAAGCAUACAUACAGUAACAUCUGUAUAUACAAAAAGUAAGACAAAGCCUGAGAUGACUUAGGUGUUCCUUAGAAUGUUUCCCUUGGAAAUUGUGUUAGGACCCACUGCAUACAUGUUUAGAACCAAAAUCUCCAUGACACAGUUUUUAUGGUGUCUGUAUAUUUGUGAUGCAAUGGUCUUGUAAAGGUUUUUACUGAAAACAACCAUUAGCAGAUCUUUCUUACUGAUAAUAAAUUAUUUAAAAAAAUAA